AUGGAUAUGAUCAGCGCUCCGCUACCGAAGCCCCUCCACGGCAACAAAUACACUAGCAACACUCACGAAAAACCCCGCACACAUACGUUGGCCUUGCGACUUGAUGCACCGCCAUGUAGGGACGACAUCAGUGGCCAAACAGCAGAUGAUCGACGAACUCUGAUGCACAAUGCCUCGAUCAAACUUGCCCGUAAGUUGAGCGAACGUCCCACUGUUGAAGAGCUUGAAGAUCGAAAUAUCUUGAAAACAGCUGCUGUACGAUCGAUGGAAGAGAAGAGGAAGCUUUUGUUGAGAAAGCUGAGUUUUCGGCCGACAAUUGCACAGUUGAAAGAGCAGCAGAUUAUACAGUUCAAUGAUUAUGUUGAAGUUACACAGGCACAAGCUUACGAUAGGAAAGCUGAUAAGCCGUGGACGAGAUUGACGUCUACGGAUAAGGCACUCAUUCGUAAGGAGCUCAAUGAUUUCAAGGCUACCGAAAUGGAUGUGCAUGAGGAGAGCCGGAUCUUCACUAGGUUUCAUCGGCCGUGA